UGGGUAACGUUGGUAACGUUCUUUCCGAGAAGAAGUGGGCGAUUCCGUUGUGUUGUGAUUGACUCGAGAUGCGACAUAAUUCAUAACUUCAUAUAAGUGGGUUAUUUAUGGUGCUUCUAAGAUUUAUGCGAACCUCUUUUUUUAUGAUUUAAUGAGACAUUCUUUCAACCUCUGCAAAUCUGUGCGGUAUUGUAAUUCUGUAAAUCGUCGCAGGGAGAAGCUAAGAAGAACGGUUGUGGAAUUUGAAACAGUGCGGAUAAAUUUAAAUACAGCGGACCCAACGGGAAAUGGAAACUUCCGACGGUAAAAACUCGUGUCCGGCUGGCUACGAGCGCAUGAAGUGCUCGUGCGCCGACGCGGCGGGCUCGUGCGCGUCCUACGAGCGCCUGCCCGCCGUCCCGUCCACGGGCUCCGGCUCCGCCUCCACCUCGGCCUCCACCUCGGCGUCCGUCCUCGACGACGGCUUCGCCUUCGAAGCCGCUCUCGGCUGCGCGCCGCGCGACGACCUCGACAAGCGACGCCUCCACGAGAAGGAGGUGAGCCACCGCCGCGAGCGCCGCCUCAGCCGCUCGCCGCAUCGCCGCCCUGCCCACGCCCCGCCCCCCGCCCCCGCCCCCCGGCCCCCGCCGCCCCCGCCCUCGCCUCGCCCUCGCCGCUCGCCCGCCUUGCCCCAGCCCUCGCCCCCGCCUCGGCCCCGCCCUCGCCCGUCCCGCCCGCCCCCGCCCCCGCCUCGCCGCUCCGCCCUCGGCCCUCGCCCGCCGCCCUCGCUCGCCUCGCCCUCGCCCUCGCCCUCUCCCGCCCUCUCGCCUCGCCGUGCCCUCGGCCUCGCCCCGCCCCGCCCCGCCCUCGCCCGCCCCCCGACCCGCCCGCCCGCCCCGCCCCGCCCCGCCCCCGCCUCGCCCCCGCCUCGCCCUCGCCCUCGCCCUCGCCCUCGCCCUCCGCCCUCGCCUCGCCCUGCGCCCCGCCCUCGCCCUCCGCCCCCGCCCUCGCCCGCCCUCGCCCCGCCCUGCCGCCCCUCGCCCGCCCCGCCCCCGGCCCUCGCCCGCCCUUCGCCCCCUCCUGCCCCGCGACCACCUUAUCCCCAUGGCCGCUGUCGUGGCCCCUGCGUCCAUCACCCUUACGCGUGA